GCCGCGCCUCCCGCCGGACCUGGCUGCGGGGAGAGGAUCUCGAGUAGCAGGAUGGAAGAAAUCUAAUUGACGGAGACAGACAACAGGCCCUUUCAGCAUGGAGACCGUUCCAGUUGAUGGGGAACUUGAUAGAAAUUCACAGUGGUAACAAACAGUGAUGAAUCACAGCUUUUAACUCCAGGAAAAAUGAGCCAGCACCAGGGGAAAGAAGCCUAUUUUACUCCAACCAAAGAGUUACUCCAACCGUCUAUCAGCCCAGGAGCUGCCCAUAGCCAUGGAGGCAGGCUCAUUUGUAUAUAUAAAUAUGGCACAAUCUUAGAGGAGAAAAAGCUAUCACCUCACCGUUUAAAUAAAAGUAAGAAAUGAAGAUGCAGAACCCACCAAUCAGUUGAUGAAAACUAGCUAGAAUGUGAGGUAAAAGGCUGUUACUGCAACACCCUUGUUCCAAGCAGCUAAUGCUAACCAGCUUUCACAGAGAACAUAAUCCUUACACAAACAGCUUAACUCAUGAAUGAAGAGGGUCCAGUGCGACGUAGGUUUUCUUCAUGUGCUGGGAUUUCAUCUGUCUUUUCUCCAAGAGCUGAUGGCCGAAAGCUCAUCCGGAAUGCUUCAUUUGGAGGAUAUAAUGAACUCUCUCCUGCUUUACCAGGUUUUGACAAAGGGAAAGAUGAUGUGUCACAAAGUAAGGAGGAUACAGCACAUACUAUGUCAAAAAGUAAGUCUGAAUCCAAGCUUUUCAAUGGCUCUGAGAAGGACAUCUCUUUAUCUUCAAACAAACUUACGAAAAAAGAAUCUCUCAAGGUUCAAAAGAAAAAUUACAGAGAAGAAAAGAAGAGAGCUACAAAAGAGUUACUUAGCACUAUCACAGACCCAUCAGUUAUUGUUAUGGCUGACUGGUUGAAGAUUCGUGGUACCUUGAAAAGCUGGACCAAGCUGUGGUGUGUACUGAAGCCAGGAGUGUUGCUUGUUUACAAAACCCCCAAAAAUGGCCAGUGGGUAGGAACAGUGCUCCUGAAUGCUUGUGAACUCAUUGAGAGGCCUUCUAAAAAAGAUGGCUUUUGCUUCAAACUUUUUCAUCCUUUGGAGCAGUCCAUAUGGGCUAUAAAGGGUCCCAAAGGUGAAGCAGUUGGUUCUAUAACUCAGCCAUUGCCCAGCAGUUAUUUGAUCAUUCGAGCCGCUUCAGAAUCAGAUGGCAGGUGUUGGAUGGAUGCUUUGGAGCUGGCACUGAAAUGCUCAAGUUUGCUUAAACGUACAAUGAUUAGAGAAGGUAAAGAACAUGAUUUGAACUCUUCAGCAGACAGUACUCAUGUGUCUCUCUAUGGUCUGCUUCGUGCUAACAACUUGCACAGUGGAGAAAACUUACCGUUAAAUGACAGUGAAAUUGAAAGGCAUCACUUUAAAGAUCAAGAUAUGUACUCUGACAAAUCCGAUAAGGAAAAUGACCAUGACCACGAGGAAUCUGAUAAUGAUGGAUUGGGGAAAAGCGAAGAAAGUGAUAGUGACACAUCAGAGCGACAGGAUGAUUCUUACAUUGAUCCAGAACCAAUUGAUGUCAAGGAAACUACUUAUUUAGAACAGAGUCAUGAAGAACUUGGGGAGGCAGGGGAGGCUGCUCAGACAGAAGUAGUGUCAGAAGAAAACAAAAGUCUGAUCUGGACGCUACUGAAGCAAGUCCGGCCAGGAAUGGACUUGUCCAAGGUUGUACUGCCUACAUUUAUCUUGGAACCUCGUUCUUUCCUGGACAAGCUGUCCGAUUACUACUACCAUGCCGACUUUCUGUCCGAAGCUGCUCUUGAAGAAAAUGCUUACAACCGCAUGAAAAAAGUAGUGAAGUGGUAUUUGUCAGGAUUCUACAAAAAGCCAAAGGGACUAAAAAAGCCAUACAAUCCUAUACUUGGUGAGACUUUCCGCUGCAUGUGGAUUCAUCCAAGGACGAAUAGCAAGACUUUUUACAUUGCUGAACAGGUAUCACAUCAUCCUCCAAUAUCUGCCUUCUAUGUUAGCAACCGCAAGGAUGGUUUUUGCCUUAGUGGUAGCAUUCUGGCCAAAUCAAAAUUUUAUGGGAAUUCAUUAUCUGCCAUACUGGAGGGAGAAGGACGGCUAACAUUCCUAAAUAGGGGAGAAGACUAUGUAAUGACAAUGCCAUACGCUCAUUGUAAAGGAAUUCUAUAUGGCACAAUGACCUUAGAGCUUGGGGGAACAGUCAACAUCACCUGUGAGAAAACUGGCUACAGUGCAACAAUUGAAUUCAAACUGAAGCCUUUUUUGGGUAACAAUGACAGCGUUAACCAAAUAUCAGGGAAAAUUAAGCUUGGCAAAGAAGUUCUGGCUAUUUUGGAGGGUCACUGGGACAGUGAAGUUACUAUUAGUGACAAGAAGACAGAUGUGUCGGAGACAUUCUGGAAUCCAACGUCUGAUAUCAAGCAGCGUAGAUUACCUAGAUACACAGUGAAGUUUGAGGAACAAGAUGACUUUGAGUCAGAGAAGCUUUGGCAGCAAGUGACAAAAGCAAUAAAUAAUAAAGACCAAACAGAAGCUACUCAAGAGAAAUACGUCCUGGAAGAAGCUCAGAGACGGAGUGCCAAAGAGAGGAAACUUAAGGGUGAAGAGUGGACGUGCAAGCUGUUUGAUCAGGAUUCAGUCACAGGAGAAUGGCACUACAAAUACGCUGAUACCAGACCGUGGGACCCUUUGAAUGAUAUGAUCCAAUUUGAAAAAGAUGGCACCAUCCAAACCAAAGUUCGACAUCGGACACCAAUGGUUAGUGUUCCAAAAAUGAAACGAAAGCCAGCCAGUCAGAAGAAAGGAGAGUGUGGUUUCUCAUCCCCUGAGCCUGAUAACCAGGAUUCCUCUGGGAGUGAAGCACAACUUCUGAAGCAUAAUACAAGAAUGAGGAAAAAAGGGGCAGACCUUGGUGAACUGCAGAGUGCCAUUGAAUCUAUAAAGGAGACACAAGAAGACAUUAAAAGGGACAUUAUGGCUCUACGAAACAGAGUCACUUCUAAUUCACCACCUGUGGACUACCACUUCUUGCAGUUUAAGCACUAUGUCUUCAUUUUACUCGUGGUUCUGCUACAGCUUGUCAUUAAUUUCUUGUUCAAAUAGGAAGCAUGAACAAGGGCCUUUCUGAACUGGAAUGAUCAAACUGUUACUGGGGACCAUAUUUUAAGUUGGACAUUAAAUGAUGCAAUAUUAUCUAAAAGAGCCCUGUAGCAACAACUUACAGAACUUUGCCUCAGCAUUCAUGGUUCAGAAUCAUACUCCCAUCUACCCAGUUGAAGUAAGAAUUAUGUAAGUGCCAGUACACUCUUGCUUCUGGUGUGUGCCUCUCUCUCGCAGACAUAUGACAUCAGCCUUGUGUUUUAUAUUACAUCAUAUGCUCUGCUGAUGAAUCUCCACCUUGGAAUAGGUGAAGUUAAAAAUUCAGAGGUCAGACCUUGUAGGUAGGAUGUGAUUCCUGUUAUGGUAGAAUGAGAAAUGAGCAUACUUUGUUACAUUUAAACUUACCAUUUUUGUAACAAAGGAACUUUCGAAGUAGCCAACAGUUUUUGUAAAUGGCAUUGGGUGUUUGGAAGUAAACUUUUGUUUAAGGUCAAACAAAUACAUUAUUAUACAACAAUCGCGAGUGUUAGGAACUGGCAAGUAAAAAGCUGAAGUCUUUGGGAAUUCUGCAAUGUAAUGUCUUUGUUUUGGAAAUAUGAGUUUUUAUCUUGAAAUACUAUAGUGGCUUGUAAGCCAGAUGGUUUUAUUUUUAUAGUUUUAAAACUUCAGAUUCUUCAUAAAAACAUUCCUGCAUCUGUUGUACAGAGCACAUUUUUAACAGUACAGCACCCAGGAAGGUACUGUCUUGGUCCAAUCUCUCUCAUGAAUUGCAAAUGUCAAGGAUUUAUGGUAUGUUUGUAAGUCUUGAUAGAUCUACAGCUUUGAAUUUGCAUUUGUGUAUGGCCAUGUCACAGUAAGUGGACAGACUGCUGAUGCCAGGACUUUUCUUAUUUUUGAAACAAAUUGUGUGCAGAGGCGUGCUUACUAUGUAGCUUGAGUUGAACCUCCCAAAAGAGAGACGAUGUAGAACAGAAUUCAAGCACCAUAGUGAGUUCACUUGUAAACACACAUUUUCAUUUGCAAGAGGAAGGUGUUCAGAAACUGUGGGAUGGCUAACAGCACACACACCAAAACAAAAGGGAGUGAAACCCUAAGUCUUUGUUAAAUUCCUCCUUACUGCGAUAUAUACUACCUAACAGAACACACACAUGCAUGUAUUCAUUAUGCUGUAGCCAUGCAGUUUAAUGUGAAGCUUAAGUUUCAAUUUAAAACCAGGGUUUCUUAUAUUUUUAUUUGAAGAAAUAUAUGCAUGUAUAGAACUUGUAAAAUUCCAGCAAAAAAAAAAAGUAGUGCCAGUGUUUACCUGGUGAAUUCUGUGUGCCAGUCAAGCAUACUAAGUCAAAAAAGGGGCUGUAGUAUGCAAAAGUACUCUUGGUAACGCAGGUGAGACAGCGGGAGGAUGAGCAGCACAAUGCAAAGGGCAGCCAAGUUUGUUUUCAGAGGAUUCUCUCAGAAAUGAAAUCCAUUCUGGGCAGUGGAACAGUUCCAGGCUCGCAUUUGGGUUUUUGCCAUGGCCCGGUAUUCCCUCUGCCUUGGGCAGCCUCCCUGACUCUCCAGGUGAUCUACCUUUCUGUUCUACAUCAGUCUUGCCAGUAUUUUGUGAAAAUACUGUUUACUUGUUCAUCAGUCUAGCUUGUAUAUUGCUGUGGCUGAUGCCUUCAAACACCUCCCCUUCUCUUUUUACAUUUCCCCUUCUUUGGGCUUCAGCUAUGUAGAAGUUUAUCGCUUAAGCAGUCAACUUCAGCUUAUUUCUUACAGCUUUCCAUUAGCAUCGUUUGGUCUUGAAUCAUUUUCUGGAAUGUGGUAUCUUAACCAGAGUGAUUUUUAUAUACGUAGGCAAGACCAGACUUGAUUGGACUUCUGUUAUAUCUACAGCUGAUGAGGUAAAACUUGUGAAUGUAGAAAGUCCCCCUAUUAAAAAAAAGAAACCAAACCCCAAGUUAAGUCUCCAAACAGACGCUGAAGUUGUUAGCCAUGUAUAAAAUGGCAUAAAGCAAGCAGAAUAUAGUAUUUAUUUAAUAUUCUCAGCCUGGACUUUGGCCAUUCCUUAUUGCAUUCAGAUGUCAAAUCUUCACCUGUCUUAAAAUCCAUUACAAGCCUUUAAACAUACUUGGUACAUGAGAGUAAUACAAGAGGAAAUGAGUGAGAACUUGGGCAAUAACUUCAAUCCCCUAAAAUAAUACUCUGCUAAAUAUGUGGUGCUGAAACUCUUGACUGAUAGUUACAAGUUUUUAUCUCCCUGGUAAAGAGAGAUAUCCUUCUGUCCUUUUGUGUUGGGGGUUUUGGUUGGGGUUUUUUUUGGUUUUGGUUUUUUUUUGAUCACUUCUAUUCAAGAUCAGUUAAUAACACAGUCUGCAUGUAUUUUUACGUGGACUGCAUGGUAGUAAGUGGAUUUGACCCAGCCAGUUGGCUGGCAGUGCUGUGUUGGACAAUGUCAGAUUAAACAUAUACUCCAUAUCUGAAAUUCAUACUCAGCUCAAGAUGAGUAAAAGGCUUGAACGGAGGCAAAAGGCCUGUGCUUAUUUAUUUCCCUUUUCAACUUAUUUUUUUGAGUUUAAUUCUGUUGUCAAAGAGGUUUUAGGGAAGGUAAAGGAUAUAUGGUGAAACUUUAAAAAGUAAAAUCACAGACUUCUGCUUGACUGUGUAAUACCUUAAAUUUUGAAAAGUACAUUGAGAACCUUGUCGUUUCUGUUUUGCCGGGUUUUUUAUGAUGAUCCCUCAUGUGAGUAGAACAAAGAAAUUUCUUGCCUGAUUUUUACAGUACAGCUGGUCACAGGCACGUGUGAAGCCUUUUCUUCAGCACAACACCAUUGUCCUUUUGAGCCAUGGUGUGUAGCUGAUCUUGACUAUUGCGUACGUAACACUGAGCUCUGCCUGCACAUAGUCAUAAAAAUUAAUUGUACAGUUUGCAGGUGUUUGAGAGCUGUGACCUCCUACUAGUUUUUAAAGUUCAAAACAGCACUUGUUUUCACAGCUGAUUUACAAAUCUUGUUUGUUUUGUUUUGUUUUUUUUUUCUUGUACAGGAAAUAUUUUCAGAAUUUGUUGCCACGUGGUUUUGUCCUUUUGGUUUGGUCUUGUUUUUUUCAAAUGCACUCUAAGCCUUUAAUUUGUCAUUUAGGUACAGGUUGCCUAGUUAGGUAAAGAGGACCUAAGCUAAGAAAAAGUAAAUACGCCAUGUGAAAUGUAUUAAGUAUCAGUUUCAGCACUAGAUGACGAUUCUUGCAUUUCACAUCUUGAUUCCUUUUAAAUAGUUGACGUUACUUAAUGAGGGUAUAGCCUGGUUGUUCCCCUGCUCAAUUAAACCUCAUAAUUUAUUUGAAGGGUCCCAUAAAAUGUAAUGAAGGUGGUUUCUUCCUUUUUUUGUUUGUUUUUUGCUGCCCUCCUGUGCCUUUGGCAAUUUUCUUUUUUGCUAGACUGUUUAUAAAAACAGACUUUGGAUUCAAUGUUUCACAUAGUUUCUUAAAGGCUGUUGCUUCACCACUGUUUGUGUAAAUAACGUAUAACAAGGAUUCUGUACAUCUGUAAGUUUUAAUUAUUGUUAUUUCAAGGGUAUCCUCAAAUCACAGAAAAUUUAGCAGAUGUUCAAGUAUUGUAAACAGUGCCUUCUUGAUGGGUUUCUUGCUGUUCUGAGACAUGUAAAGAGUUGUCAAAGUUUGUGCCAUAUGUAACAUCUGA